CCGGAUUACAAGCAUACGAGCACCGUCCGGAGAAGGGACAGUGGCUCCACUGUGCAGCCGGACAGAGAGUCACUGUGCAGGGAUAGAAAACCAUUACCGUCACCGGUCCUCUCUCAGCAGCAGCGGGCAGCGGGGCUGAAUGCUGGACGACACCGCGGAAAGUGUCACCAGGAGCAGCUGUUAGUGAGUGACUGACCGGGGGAACAUGGCUACUUCUCCGGUCACCCCAGCAUCGCUGGAAGGAGGGACGCCUUCACCCAGCGAGAAUGAGCAGUCUGCGACCACCCGACAGUCUGACAGUAACACCAGUUUCCUGCGAGCAGCGAGGGCAGGGAACAUCGACAAAGUUUUGGAAUAUCUGAAAGGAGGAGUAGACAUCAGCACCUGCAAUCAGAAUGGUCUUAAUGCACUGCACCUGGCAGCCAAGGAGGGCCAUGUGGACCUGGUCCAGGAGCUCCUCGACAGAGGCGCCCCGGUGGAUUCUUCAACAAAGAAAGGAAACACAGCACUUCACAUAGCCUCUCUAGCUGGUCAGGCUGAAGUAGUGAAGAUCCUGGUCAAACGAGGAGCUGACAUCAACGCGCAGUCGCAGAAUGGAUUCACUCCAUUGUACAUGGCUGCCCAGGAGAAUCACAUGGAUGUGGUGCGAUACCUAUUAGAGAAUGGAGGCAACCAGAGCACUGCUACAGAGGAUGGCUUCACCCCUCUGGCCAUCGCCCUUCAGCAGGGCCACAACCAGGUGGUGUCCGUAUUACUGGAGAAUGAUACUAAAGGAAAGGUCCGCCUGCCUGCCUUGCAUAUUGCGGCCCGCAAGGAUGACACAAAGUCAGCUGCCCUGCUUCUUCAGAACGACCACAACGCUGAUGUCCAGUCGAAGAGUGGAUUCACCCCCCUGCAUAUCGCUGCCCACUAUGGCAACGUCAAUGUGGCCACGCUGCUGCUGAACCGAGGGGCAGCAGUUGACUUCACAGCAAGGAAUGGGAUUACUCCCCUACACGUGGCCUCCAAGCGUGGCAACACUAACAUGGUUCGCCUGUUAUUGGACCGCAGCUCUCAGAUUGACGCUAAAACAAGGGACGGGCUGACUCCCCUCCACUGUGCGGCUCGGAGUGGACACGAUACAGCUGUGGAGCUGCUGCUGGAGAGAGGAGCACCCUUGCUGGCCAGGACCAAGAACGGUCUGUCUCCUCUCCACAUGGCGGCACAAGGCGACCACGUGGAAUGUGUCAAACACCUUCUGCAGCACAAGGCGCCUGUGGAUGAUGUCACAUUGGACUACCUGACAGCGUUACACGUGGCGGCACACUGCGGUCACUACAGAGUCACCAAACUGCUGUUGGACAAGAGGGCCAACCCCAACGCCAGAGCACUGAAUGGCUUCACUCCGCUGCACAUAGCCUGUAAGAAGAACCGUGUGAAAGUGAUGGAGCUGCUGGUGAAAUAUGGAGCCUCUAUCCAGGCCAUCACUGAGUCUGGUUUGACUCCCAUCCAUGUGGCAGCCUUCAUGGGUCACCUGAACAUCGUGCUGCUGCUGCUCCAGAAUGGAGCCUCGCCAGAUGUCAGCAACAUUCGUGGAGAAACAGCGUUACACAUGGCAGCCAGGGCGGGGCAGGUGGAAGUGGUCAGAUGUCUGCUGAGGAACGGAGCCAUUGUGGACGCCAGGGCUCGGGAGGACCAGACUCCCCUCCACAUCGCCUCCCGUCUGGGGAAAACAGAGAUUGUCCAGCUGCUGCUGCAACACAUGGCCCAUCCUGAUGCUGCCACAACCAAUGGCUACACCCCCCUACACAUCUCAGCCAGGGAGGGACAGGUGGAGACAGCUUCUGUCCUGCUAGAGGCCGGGGCUUCACACUCACUGGCCACCAAGAAAGGUUUUACUCCCCUGCAUGUGGCCUCAAAGUACGGCAGCCUCGAUGUAGCCAAACUUCUGCUGCAGCGUAGUGCUCCGCCUGAUUCUGCUGGGAAGAAUGGCCUCACCCCGCUCCAUGUCGCAGCACAUUACGAUAACCAGAAGGUGGCGCUCCUGCUUUUGGACAAAGGAGCGUCCCCCCACACCAUGGCCAAGAAUGGCUACACUCCUCUCCACAUUGCGGCUAAGAAGAACCAGAUGGACAUCGCCACGGUGCUGCUGCAGUACGGAGCCGAGACCAACAUCCUGACCAAGCAGGGUGUCACUCCGCUCCAUCUGGCCUCCCAGGAGGGCCACGCCGAAAUGGCUGACCUGCUCAUUAGCAAGGGAGCCGAGAUCAAUGUCCCCACCAAGAGUGGCCUCACAGCCCUCCAUCUGGCAGCCCAGGAGGACAAAGUCCCUGUUGCUGAGAUCCUUGCCAAAAACGAAGCCAACCUCAACCAGCAGACCAAAUUGGGCUACACUCCGCUUAUUGUAGCAUGUCACUAUGGCAACGCCAAGAUGGUCAACUUCCUGCUCCAGAACGGAGCCAGUGUGAACGCCAAGACCAAGAAUGGAUACACUCCCCUUCACCAGGCAGCCCAGCAAGGAAACACACACAUCAUUAAUGUGCUGCUGCAAUCUGGUGCCAAGCCCAAUGCUGUCACUGUGAAUGGUAACACUGCUCUGGGUAUUGCUCGGAGGCUGGGCUACAUCUCUGUGGUGGACACACUGAGAGUCGUCACAGAGGAGAUCAUCACCACCACAACGACCGUGACGGAGAAACACAAGCUGAACGUGCCAGAGACCAUGACUGAAGUGCUGGAUGUAUCGGAUGAAGAGGGCGAUGACACCAUGACAGGUGACGGAGGCGAGUAUCUAAGGGCCGAGGACCUCAGGGAGCUGGGUGAUGACUCCUUGCCUGGACAGUAUCUGGAUGGAAUGAACUACCUCCGCUUCAGCUUGGAAGGGGGGCGCACUGACAGUUCGGACAGGUCCUUCACACCCACCCACCACGGCUACUACUCCCCUAAACAUGAGUCCAUGAUGGAAGACAUGCUCACCAGUCACCAGAUUUCGCUUACGAGGGAUAAUGAGAGGGAUUCAUACCGGCUGAGUUGGGGUACAGAGAACCUAGACAACGUGGCUUUAUCCUCCAGCCCAAUCCACUCUGGCUUCCUUGUCAGCUUCAUGGUGGACGCCAGAGGUGGAGCCAUGCGUGGUUGCCGACACAAUGGCCUACGCAUUAUCAUCCCGCCCAGGAAGUGUAGCGCACCCACACGGGUGACGUGCAGGCUGGUGAAGAGGCACCGUCUGGCCACCAUGCCCCCCAUGGUUGAGGGUGAGGGCCUGGCCAGCAGGCUCAUCGAGGUGGGGCCCUCUGGAGCCCAGUUCCUUGGUCCAGUCAUCGUGGAAAUUCCCCACUUUGCCGCUCUGCGGGGGAAGGAGCGGGAGCUGGUGAUCCUGAGGAGUGAGACAGGAGAGAGCUGGAAGGAGCAUCACUGUGAACACACCCAAGAGGAACUUAACCAGAUACUCAAUGGCAUGGAUGAAGAGCUGGACACACCGGAGGAGCUCGAGAGGAAGCGUACUUGCCGUAUCAUCACCAGAGAUUUCCCACAAUACUUUGCAGUGGUGUCACGCGUCAAACAAGACAGUAAUCUGAUUGGUCCCGAAGGAGGCAUCCUGAGCAGCACUGUUGUGCCCACAGUGCAGGCAGUUUUUCCUGAGGGUGCCCUCACCAAGAGGAUCAGGGUUGGCCUGCAGGCCCAGCCAGUGAAUGUGGACGUAGUGAGGAAGAUCCUGGGGAACAAGGCCACCUUCAGCCCCAUUGUCACGCUGGAGCCCCGCAGAAGGAAGUUCCAUAAACCCAUCACCAUGACUAUCCCUAUCCCCAAAAGCAAUUCGGACCCCGUCCUCAAUGGUUUCGGAGGGGACACUCCCACCUUACGACUGCUCUGUAGUAUCACUGGUGGAACAACGCCUGCCCAAUGGGAGGAUAUAACAGGAACCACUCCAUUAACGUUUAUCAAUGACUGCGUCUCCUUCACAACCAAUGUGUCUGCCAGGUUCUGGCUCAUAGACUGUCGGCAAGUCCAGGAAUCUGUCAACUUCUCCACUCAGGUGUACAGGGAGAUCAUCUGUGUCCCUUACAUGGCAAAGUUUGUCAUCUUUGCCAAGACCCACGACCCCAUUGAGGCCCGCCUGCGCUGCUUCUGCAUGACGGACGACAAGAUCGACAAAACACUGGAGCAGCAGGAGAACUUCACUGAGGUGGCCCGCAGCCGAGAUGUAGAGGUCUUGGAGGGCAAGCCUAUCUAUGCAGACUGCUUUGGAAACCUUGUUCCCCUCACCAAAAGUGGCCAGCAUCAUCUCUUCAGCUUCUUUGCCUUUAAGGAGAACAGAAUAGCACUCUUCAUUAAAAUCAGAGACAACACUCAGGAGCCAUGUGGCCGUCUGUCCUUUAUGAAAGAACCCAGAAACUACAGGUCACUAACCCAAAAUGCCAUAUGCAACCUUAACAUCACCCUCCCAUCAUACUGUAAGGAGUCCGAUUCAGACCAAGAGCAAGAGGAAGAGACCAUCAUUACGCUCCAGAAAUUAGAUCCACAGGAUGAAGCAGAGAGAAAAGAGCAACGGUUGGCCAUUAUAGCCGACCACCUGGGCUUCAGCUGGACAGAGUUGGCUCGAGAACUGGACUUCAGUGAGGAGAGAAUCAACCUGAUAAGGAUUGAAAAUCCCAACUCACUGCAAGACCAAAGCCAUGCCCUUUUGAAUCUCUGGGCAGAGAAAGAAGGAAAGCAUGCAUCAGAAUCAACAUUGAUCAAAACACUCACUAAGAUCAAUCGAAUGGACAUUGUUCACCUCAUUGAAACCAAGAUUAUCAAGUCCAGUCAGGAGGAGACGUCAUCUCAUACCUAUGCAGAAAUAGAGCGGACCAUAGCACUGGAUCAUAGUGAAGGUUUCUCUGCCCUUCAUGAAGACAUUGACAGCCCCAGGCCAGGCAGGCGUACAGACGCCACACGUAGGAGCCCAGGCUCUGGACAGGAGGUACCCAUGGUAUCAGCAGAGGAUCUGUCCUCUAGUUUGUCAUCGCUUCACGAGAUGACGGGGCGAUCAGAGACAGACUCCAUAGCAACAGGUCUUCUUAGAAAUGCCCAGAAAGAGAAACUUCAAAAGGAGAUGGAAACAACAUACUCAUCACAAUUCACAGAGGAAUUGACAGACUCAGUACACAAAGGCAGUAUUAGACAAGAGAUAACAGAGGAGCUAGGGGUGCUAUCCUCUGAUAGCUCAGAGGAGGAGGUGCUGACCACCAGGGUGGUCCGACGCAGAGUUAUCAUUCAGGCGGACACUUUACCAGAUAUCCCACAACAGACUGUCACAGAGGAGAAGUACACAGAUGAGCAUGGGAACAUGGUAGUUAAGAAAAUCACACGGAAGGUGAUUCGUAAAUAUGUGUCAGCGGAUGGCAUGGAGACACAAGAAGUGACCAUUGAGGGCUCUCACCAGGAGACGGUGCAGAUAGAAGAGGGGGACGCUGUUUCCAAAGUGGUGAAGAGAACUGUUCUUCGUAGUGAAGGGGAUCAGAAAGAGUUGACCUUCUCAGAGCCCCUGGCCUUGGGUGCCACCAUGGCAUCAGAGUUCGAGGUGGAGCCUGUGCAGGGUCGAAAAGUUAGCAAGGUUGUCAAGACGACCGUGGUGACAGGCGAGAGGAUGGAGAAACAGAUGGGAGAUUCCUCGCUGGCUGCAGAUCUUCCCUCAGCCAGAGAGGACUUUGAGAAGGCAUUGAGUUAUGCUGGAGGCUUUGGGAAAGUGCUCCUUCCUCAUUUAGUAGAGAAAGAGAUUGUGCAGGACGACGGUUCUGUGGUUAAAAGAAGCCAGAUGCGUAAAUCGCGAACCCAGAAGAGGACUGUGGUGAGGGAUGCCCAGGGGAAGCACGUGCACCUGGAGCGUCUGGACGACACCCCAGACGCCCUGCAGCCCGACGCACUGCAGCAACACCUGCACCGGCUUCUCCAACGCUACUGCCAGGACGAUCAGGAGGAAAACGAUGAGGAGGACGAAGAGAAGGAGGAGCAGGAGGAGCAGGAGGAGCAGGAGGAGGAGGAGGAGGAGGAGAGUUUUGACUGAGCUGCUGCUUCCUUACAUCUUCCACUGAAGCCUUUGGUGACGUACUCUUCCUCAGAUCACGUUGUUCCAGAUCCCUUUCUUGUUAUCCUCGCUGAUCACUGGAUUGUUUUUUUUCUUCCUGUCUUCUCUUUUUGUGGAAUAAUGGAACAGUAUUUCUGUGCUUUAUUUUGUGUUUCAUUUGCUCCUUUUGUGACCAAAGAUAGCACCCCUCAUUUUUGUCGGAUGAAUUUUGUUUUUUACUCCGGCUUUCCCCUUCUUUUUACCUUUUGGCUGCUGUGGUGUGAUUAAGGUACGACACACUAAAGGUGGAUCCAAGUCAAUGGGGCAUCUUGGACGUUCGCCUCACGCACGGGCCUCUUCUUGAAGAACUCUUGUAAACAUUUGUACAUAAAGGAGAUGAAAAAAUCAUGCUUGGACUGGGGAGAAAAAAAGUAAAGAAAAAAAAAAAAUCAAAGCAUUUAAUACAUUAGCCCACCUAAACCUGCUGUACAUGCACCGAUUCAGCUGGAGAAUGGCCACGGUACAGAAGAGAUUAAUGUUACAUAGGAGUGAAUGAGUGUAUCAUCAUGGACUCUUUACAGCCAAACAUCAACCUGUUGAUCUGUUUACAAAGAGGUGUGCACCUUCAACGCUGUGUGAACACACCUUUUGUCUUCCCAUCAUGCAUCUGCUCUUUUUUUGUUUUUUUUGUUUACGUGUCUGUCCUGCUAACGUGUGUCGUGCAUUCACAUUUUAUCCAUCACGGAGCCGCCACCUCUGUGUGUGUAUAUACAACGUGUCGUGUGAAAGAAAGUAGUGAUGAGGAAUGUUUCCUGAUGCAGAUCGAGCACUUAACCCCGCUGCCCUUAUAACUCCUGAGCUGUGUUUCACCCUCACGUACUGCUGCUGCUCCUCCUCACCUCAAACUGCAGCACUCACAUGAUUGUCCUCCAUUGAGACUUUUAAAGGAUUAGACCUCUAUUUUUUUCUUCUUAUUGUCAACAAAACCCAUAAAAAGACAGACACCGACAAUGAGCUGAUCUAUAACAAAUACUGUGUGUGUAUCCAAAAACACAUCAGUGAGCCACACCGCUGCACUGUAUCACAUGUUAAUGAGAUACAUUAUCAAUGCUCUUAUUUUGAAACCGCAUGACUACAAACUACAUUUUUAUUAUGGGAUAAAUGAGUCAACAUGAAGUGAAAUAUUAGUAACACAUUUUACAUUUAAUUUGUCCUGAUGAAUUAUUCAAAUUAGUGGACUUGUGUUCAUGUUUUAUAUGUCAGGCUACUCAUCAUGGUAAGUCCUACUCGGCCCAAGAAAACAGUUAUAUAAUCUCUCCUACGAGCCAAUAUUUUCCAAGUCGGAUAAUAAAUAAUAAUGAAAAUAACCGAUGAUGUCAUGGUGAUGUCGUCAGGGCUGUAGAGAGACUGUAAAUUAUAACAGAAAGCCUGGUGUUAUAAAUUAGAAGUGUUUUUUAGAGUUUAACCAAUACUCGGGACUCAAAGUCACUUCUACCAAUUUAACAUUUUGUUUUUUAACCCUCACUUUUAAAUUCUCCAACUUUCCAAAAGAUUUACAUUAAAUCAUUUGAGUGUUCAUUUAAGUCCUGAUCAACAAAGGAGCCAAAAAAACCUUCAUAAUGAUGUUUUUUUCCCUUUGCUGUGAGUUUUAAGACUAUUUAAAAUAUUUCAACUGCAUGUUCUCUUAACUGUAUCGACUCAGUCCUACAUGUAAAAUCAUGCUUAUAGAAAUAGAGCAACAAAUGUGUAUGGAACUACAGCGGAAAAUGCAUUAUUUCCCCUUAUAUAAGUAACAUUUACUAAAAACAACAGUUACCAGCUGUUUUAGGAAAUACUGAGCCUUUUUAAAAAAUAACACUGCAUAUUUAAGAGCUGAAAUAUUGAGAUGAACACAUUGUUGAUUUUGGUCUUUUUUUGAAUGGGAUUUAUUGACAGAAAGGGAAAAAAAGCAGAAUAGUCCUUUAAAAUUUGAGUCUGCACACAGAACAGAUGCUUUGCUUUAACUUUCUGUCUUGUUAUCACUGCUAUCAAAGGAUCAACACAUCAUCUUUCAUUUCUAACCACUGCUCUGUUUAUCACACAUACUUCCUUAUUUAUUUAUUGCUGUCUGUUGGUGAUCCCUGUAUACUCUCUGGCAUUUGAAGCUGAGAGUGGUGUGUGUGUGUUUGGGUGUGUGUGUUUGAAUGUGUUCUAAAUCUAAAAGUAAUGACAGAUUUAUUUUUUUUUGCCAUUGUAGACGAACAGGAAUCAGUUUGAAAGUCAGUAGAAAAAUCAUGUGGAGAGUGAUGAAGUGUGUUUGGUGUUCAUUUAAAGUUCACACACCUUUAUCUGUGUAACACUACGACCCUCACGUUGCCAUUUACUUUGAGUGUGAUCCAAUGGAAAGAAUAAAAAGAACAUGUCAAAAAGAGACCACCGAUUUGAUAACUGAGCAUCUUGUUUCCAUGGUGAUAACAAUAUAUACAUAUAACAGUGCUAAUAUCUAUGCGGGCAUGUAUGAGUUUAUCAAAAAUUAUUACUAAAAAAUAAAAAAUAAACCUGAAACGCUAACAAGGCAUAGCAGCUGCAGUGUGUACAUGGCAGACAAAUAAAACUGUAAAUGUGUCAAA